GGAAGAAUCACGCCCCGCUCGACACCGCGCAUCGCAACCAUGCCGUCCACGUACAAUGUGGACAAGCCGUGGGACACGGACGACAUCGACAAAUGGAAAGAAGACGCCUUCACCCCCGACCAGAACGUCGGCGGCACCUUCAGCGAGGAGUCGAGCUUUGCGACCCUCUUCCCCAAGUACCGCGAGACCUACCUCAAAGCCUCCUGGCCCAUGAUCACCCGAGCGCUGGAGAAGCGCGGCAUCGCGUGCCAGCUGGAUCUCGUCGAGGGCAGCAUGACGGUCAAGACGACGCGCAAGACGUUUGACCCCGCGAGUAUCCUCAACGCGCGCGACUUGAUCAAGCUGCUUGCGAGGAGCGUGCCGGCGCCACAGGCGAUCAAGAUUUUGGACGACGGGGUGGCGUGCGAUGUCAUCAAGAUUCGCGGGCUGGUCAGGAACAAGGACCGCUUCGUCAAGCGGCGGCAGCGCAUUCUCGGCCCCAAUGGCAGCACGCUCAAGGCCCUCGAACUCCUCACGCAAACCUACAUCCUCGUGCAGGGCAACACCGUCUCCGUCAUGGGCGGGUUCAAACCGCUGAAAGAGGUGCGGCGGGUGGUGGAGGACUGCAUGGCGAAUAUUCACCCCAUCUACCACAUCAAAGAGCUCAUGAUCAAGCGCGAGCUGGCCAAGGACCCGGAGUUGGCAAAUGAGAACUGGGACCGCUUCUUGCCGCAUUUCAAGAAGAGGAAUCUGACCAAGAGGAGGAAGCCGUUCAAGGUGACGGACAAGGCGAAGAAGGUGUACACGCCAUUCCCGCCGGCGCAGGAGAAGAGCAAGGUUGAUAUGCAGAUGGAGAGUGGGGAGUACUUUUUGACGCAGAUGGCGAAGGAGAGGGCGAGUAAGGAGAAGAAGGAGGAGGCUGUUCGGGGAAAGAUUGAAGAGAAGAAGAGGAAGAGGGAGGAGGCUUUCCAGGCGCCGAGGGAGGAUGGGGAGGCGAAGAAGAAGAAAAAGAAGAAGAAGUCGAACAGUGACGGCAGUGAAGGAGGCGAGAAGAAGAAGAGGAAGAAAGAGAAGGCUACUGCAGACGCGAUGGAAGAAUGAUGGCUUCGAAUUCGAAUUUAGCAUGGUGUUUGGAGUACAUCGAUACCAACGUUGUACAAAUCGCAAG